CAUUGGUCUCCGGGUCGUUGCUGUAAUUGUAAAGGCAUGCACGCUACGUACACUAAACUAGAUCCAUCUCUUUUCGUUUGUUAAGUUAGCGAUUUCAAGUUAUUUUAGAGUUCAACGAACUGAAGGGCAGCUGUAACAAAGCUUUUAAAGGGAUUAUGUCCCCGGUCGUCGCGGCUCUCCGAUCAUGGCCGGAGCACGAUACACCUCCAGUCCCCCAGGCGGCGCUAAAGAGACGCACCUCAACGCCGCCAUGUAUCCGUGUUGUUCGCUCCGAAACCUCUCCGCAAUGCAAAAGUUACUAUCUUGCACGGGUUCCGAUCACCUGUGAUUAGUUUGCUUUUAUGAGGCUUUGAAUUAGACUCCAGAUAUCAGGCAGUCAUUGGCGCUUGGCGAUGAAAGUAAACGCAGAGAGAUGGUGAAAGUUGGUGAGCGCAGUGAUGACAGCGUAUUGUAGCGCAAUAUAUCAAGAAGGACCUGUUCAGCCUGAGGGGCCAGACGCCCAGAUUCUCUCAGGCAGGUACAAUGACGGUCUGAGUGUGGGAGAUGGCUCACUUCCUGGCAGAGCUCUGCCACACGGACAGUCUUGACCCCCUGCCGGUGUGGCAGAAUGGCACCAUCAGCCCCUGCUUCAGCCAGCUGUUUCUCGGUGCCCUGGCACACUCUGUCCUUGCUCUCUCCAGCGCCUGUUACCUGAGCACCCCCAGCUGUGCGCCAGCCGGGGGCCCCCCGGCCUGGGGGUGGCUUUGCCGGGCCGCGGCGGCGGCGCUGCUGGCCCUGCUGUUCACCGCAGACCUCGCGGUGUCCCCCCUCCUGCGGCAGCCCGCCCUCUACCUGGACGUGCUGGCCGAUGGCGCUGCCGUCCUGGCAUGGCUCGUCCACUGCGGGGCGCUGGCGGCCCUGCGCAGAUCCGCCUACGGAAGGGGCAGGGGCCCGCCGGAGCUGCUCGUCUCCGCCCUGCUGCCGGGCGCCGCCCUGGUGGUCAGUCUGGUGUCUUACCUGCGGGACCCCGGCUACCUGGACCCGGGGCGGCCCCUCCGGCUCCUGCGCCUGGCCGCGGCGUCUGCCCGGCUCCUCCUGCUGUGUCUCUACCUGCUGGCUUGGGCCGCCCCCGGCCCCGGGGCCCGGGCGUCCCUGUCCGUCAACGACUCGGAGCGCGCCCCCCUGCUGGCCGCUCCCGGGCCCGGGGAGAUCGUGGGCGAGGACGGCAGCGGCUGCAUCUCCAGGCUCUUUUACUUCUGGCUGAACCCCCUGAUGCAGCGCGGCCGGCGCAGGGAGCUGGAGAGCUACUCCGACCUCUACCUCCUGCCCCGCGGGCUGCGCACCUCAGCCGUGCGGGAGCACUUCGAGCGUUGCUGGGAGGAGUGCAGGCCGGCGGCUCAGGCAGCAGGGCCGCGGGAGCUGGGGAGGAGCGCUCAGAAGGGCGCGGCGGGCUGGCCAGAGCCGCCGGAGGCUCCCGGCGGGGAGGGAGGUCCGCUUUCUCCUCCGACACCCGAGGUCAGGCUCCUGCGGGUGCUGCACGCGGCCUUCGGGACCAGGUACUACCUGCUGGGGGCGCUGAAGCUGGCGGGGAACAUGCUUGGGUUUGCCGGGCCGCUGCUGUUGAACAGCCUGGUGAGCUUCAUGGAGGCGGGCGCGGCGCCCCUGAGCCGAGGGGUGUGGUGCGCCCUGGGGCUCUUCGCCAGCACCUUCCUCGCCGCAGUCCUCCGCAACGUCUUCACCUUCGAGGUGUCCAAGAUCUCCCUGGCGGCCCGCUCUGCCAUCAUCUCCGCCAUCUACCGCAAGGCCCUGUGCGUCAGCGGCACCACCCUGGCCCGCUUCACCCUGGGCGAGGUGGUCAACUUCAUGAGCACCGACACCGACCGCCUGGUCAACUUCUUCGGCAGCUUCCACGAGGUGUGGAGCCUGCCCGUCCAGUUCGCCAUCACGCUCUACCUGCUGGACCAGCAGGUGGGCGUGGCCUUCCUGGGGGGGCUGGCCCUGGCGCUGCUGCUGGUGCCCCUCAACAAGGUGAUCGCCAGCCGCAUCAUGGAGAACAACAAGAGCAUGCUGAAGCACAAGGACAGCCGCGUCAAGCUGAUGACUGAGGUCCUGUCUGGGAUGCGGGUGAUAAAGUUCUACACUUGGGAGAAGCACUUUGCGGAGAAGAUCGCUGGCUGCAGAAAGCAGGAGCUGGCACACCUCAAGACCAUCAAAUACCUGGAUGCUGUGUGCGUCUACACCUGGGCAGCGCUGCCUGUUGUCAUCUCCAUUAUCACCUUCAUCACAUAUGUGCUGCUGGGCCAUGAGCUCACUGCUGCCAAGGUGUUUACUGCUCUGGCGUUAGUGGGGAUGCUCAUCAUGCCCCUCAACAACUUCCCCUGGGUCCUGAACGGGACCAUAGAGGCCAAGGUGUCUCUGGACCGAAUCCAGCGUUUCCUGGAGCUGUCAGACCAGGAUCUGGACGCCUACUACAGCUCAGAGGUCCCGGAGGACCCCCAGACCGCCAUCCAGCUGAAGCACGGAGCCUUCUCCUGGCAGGGCCCGGCCAGCAGGGACCCCCCAGCAGGGGGCAGCCUGCAGCUGCACAGCCUGGACCUCACCGUCAGACAGGGGGCGCUGGUUGCCGUGGUGGGGAAAGUGGGCUGUGGGAAGAGUUCUCUGCUGGCAGCCAUCACUGGAGAACUAAACAGGUGUGGGGGGCUGCUGUACGUGCAGGGCAGAGAGCUCGGCUUUGGCCUGGCCGCGCAGGAGCCCUGGAUCCAGCACGCCAGCGUCCGGGACAACAUCCUCUUCGGCAAGGAGCACAGCGCCAGGCUGUACCGGGCCGUGCUGGAGGCCUGCGCGCUGCCCGAUGACCUCAGCAUUUUGCCAUCAGGGGACCUGACUGAGGUCGGAGAAAAUGGGGUGACUCUCAGCGGGGGACAGAAAGCCCGUCUUGCCUUAGCCAGAGCCGUUUACAUGGAAAAAGACAUUUAUCUUCUUGACGACCCCUUGGCUGCUGUUGAUGCUGAUGUGGCCAGUCACCUUCUGGAGAAAUGCAUUCUGGGAAUCCUCAAGCACAAGACCAGAAUCCUUUGCACGCACCGCACUGAGUUUCUCGACAAGGCCGAUGUCGUCGUCUUGAUGGAUGAGGGGAAGAUUGUGAAAACUGGAACCCCUGAGGAAAUUCUUCCUCUGGUGGAAGCAGUUCCCAAAACCAGGAAGAAUGAUGAUAAUAGGAAGGAAAAAGACGGUGCCGGGGACGAGCAGCGCGGCCUGCAGCCCGCGGACCAGGCGCCCGUGGAGGCCAGCCUGCUCGGCGAGGAGCAGAAGCAGUCGGGCGUGGUGUCGCUGCGCGUCUACCGGGCCUACUGGCUGGCCGUGGGCAGCUGCCUGGCGCUGUCCAUCCUCCUCUCGCUGCUGCUGAUGCAAGCGUCGAAGAACGUCUCCGAGUGGUGGCUGUCCAACUGGGUGUCUCACCUGAAGAAGACGGACAACGUGUCCCUCGCAGAGGGUGACCCCUCUCUGCUUCACCUCUCACCCCGCUUGCUGCUCUUCUCUCUGGGAGGACUUCUGUCACCUGUCCCUCUGAUGGGCUCCGCUCCCAGUCCCAACAGCUCCUCGGACCUGAAGUAUUACCUGACUGUGUACGGCUCCAUCGCUGCUGGCAACUCGGUGUUCACCGCCAUCAGGGCCUUCCUGUUUGCCUACGGGGCCGUCCGCGCAGCCACGGCCGUGCACGACAGGCUGCUGGACCGCGUGCUGAAGGCCACAGUGACCUUCUUUGACACCACUCCGCUGGGCCGCAUUGUGAACCGCUUCUCCUCUGACCUGUACAGCGUGGACGACACGCUGCCUUUCAUCCUCAACAUCUUGCUGGCCAACGCGUUCGGGCUGCUGGGCAUGCUGGUGGUCAUGAGCUACGGCCUGCCCUGGAUCCUGCUGGUGCUGCUGCCCCUGGCUGGGCUCUACUACCUCAUCCAGCGCUACUACCGCCACUCCUCCCGCGAGCUCAAGCGCCUCUACAGCCUCACGCUCUCCCCCAUCUACACGCACUUCUCCGAGACCCUGACCGGCCUCAGCACCAUCCGCGCCAGCCGAGCGGCCCCCAGGUUCGAGAAGGAGAAUGAAAGCCGCCUGGAGAGGAACCAGCGCUGUCUGUUUGCCAGCAACGCGGCCAUGCAGUGGCUGGACAUCCGGCUGCAGAUGAUUGGAGUUGCCGUGGUGACCGGCAUUGCAGUCAUUGCAGUGAUCCAGCACCAGAAAAAAUCCGUUGAUCCAGGCCUGGUGGGGCUGUCCCUGUCCUACGCCCUCUCCAUCACCAGCCUGCUGUCCGGACUGAUCUUCAGCUUCACGCAGACGGAGACUCAGAUGGUGAGCGUGGAGCGGACCGAGGAGUACUCCACCGACACUCCCAUAGAGCCGCAGGGGGGCUGUGUUGAGGUUCCCCCCAGCUGGCCCCACAGGGGGCAGAUCGAGUUCCAGGAGGCGGUGCUGGCGUACCGGGCGGGGCUGCCCAACGCCCUGGACGGGGUGAGCGUGGUGAUCCGGCCCGGAGAGAAGGUGGGGAUCGUGGGGCGGACCGGCUCGGGGAAGUCCACCAUGUUCCUGGCGCUGUUCCGCAUGGUGGAGCUGAGCGGCGGGCAGAUCCUCGUCGACGGCGUGGACACCCGGCUGCUGGGCCUGACCGAUCUCCGGUCCCAGCUGGCCGUCAUCCCCCAGGACCCCUUCCUGUUCAGCGGGACGGUGCGGGAGAACCUGGACCCCCGCGGCCGCCAGCCCGACGCCGCCCUGCUGGAGGUGCUGGAGGAGUGCCACUUGACGGAGGCCGUCGCCAGGAUGGGGGGUCUGGCUGCGGAGGUGGGAGAGAAAGGGAAGAGCCUGUCUCUGGGGCAGCGCCAGCUGCUGUGCCUGGCACGGGCUCUGCUGACGCAAGCCAAGAUACUGUGUAUUGACGAAGCUACAGCCAGCGUUGAUCAGAAAACUGACCGACUCCUGCAGCAGACAAUCCGGGAGAAAUUCAGAGAGAAAACAGUCCUCACGAUUGCUCACAGAAUCAACACAAUCAUGGAUUCUGACAAGGUUCUCGUGAUGCAUGCUGGGAAGGUGGCGGAGUUUGAGUCUCCCAGCAUCCUGUGCCAGCGGGAGGACUCUAUUUUCUACAGGCUGGUGCACGGCCACACCGACUGACAGCACCCAGCACAGGGCUGGGCUCAGGGGAGACUGCCCACUGACCACGACGAGCAAGCUGCUGUUGAAAAACUUGUCUCCUGUCUGAGAGCUGGAAUACUGCAGGCAGGAGCCCUUCCUGUCUGGGUCAACCCACUCGUUUUAGCUGAGGAGCUGGAACUUUUCAAUACUGUCUCGUAUGUGACUUGUAUGUUAUGGGGUUUUUAAUUAAACAUGUCUUGAGUCUGAAUUUUGAAAAUUCAGCGAAGUGUAUAGUAAUUAUACGGUGUUGCAUUGCAACACUAAGGUGUUACUGCACAUUCAAAAGAACUUUCAAUUGUUUUAUGUCUGUUAAAUAUCAUACAUAAGCAAUAAUGGUUGUGGGCCGAGGACUUUGAUAUUUGAAUUUGUUUUCUUCUCUGCUGAAGUAGAGAAAGAAAUAAAUUAGCUUUAAGAAGCGUUCCUCAGUCA